AGGAGAGCACGAUGAAUGAGUGCUCCCUUCGCCUCCGAGUUGUCUGAGUUGGCGGCGCCGCGCCCCGGCUUCCGGCUCUCGGCGCCCCACGCGCUCGCGGCUCCAGCGGCUCCAGCCCACGUCCGCGCCGGGAGCCGAGCUCGCCGCGCCGCGCCGCGCCGCGCCGGGGAGCCCGGGCUCCCGAGCUCCUGUCCCGGCCCCGGUCCAGGGGAAAGCAGGGUGUCCCCGGGCAGAGGCGCACGGCCGCGCGGUCUCCCGCACUCUCCGCGGCCCAUCGGUCUCUCCAUGGCCUCUCAUCAGCAAUCCCGGAUCCAGGCUUACCUGGAGAAGAACAAGAUCGGUCCCCUGUUUGAGGAAUUAAUGACCAAGUUAAUUACUGAGACACCUGACCAGCCAAUCCCAUUUCUCAUUGACCAUCUUCAGUCUAAACAAGAAAACCAUGGACACCUUCAGAGAACUUUAUCUGGAUCUGCAGCUCUCUGGGCAGAAAGUGAAACAUUAGAACAUAAAGGAACAAAAAAAGAAUUCAGAAACUAUGAUAAACCCUGGCAGUUAAAUGCAAAGAAGCCUAAAAAGUCAAAAAGCGACCUUGCCGUGUCUAGUCUUUCUCCACCAUCACCAGAAUCAAAAUCAUUGCCAAGGUCAGUAGAUCAUCCUAAGUGGAACUGGAGGACUAAACCAGAAAGCCGUGAUUUUGAUGAGUUGAACCACAUCCUUCAAGAGAGCAAGAAACUGGGAAAAGCCCUUGAGAAUCUCUCUCGAAGUAUUGCAAUUUCAGAGGAACUCGAUAAGGAAACAGUGGCGUUUAAUUCUUCUCUUCUGAGACCCCGUGUAAUUGGAGAGUGGAUUGGUCGAGAAGAGAAUGACGCUGAUCCACUGGCUGCUGAAAUGCUACAGCCCCCAAUUCCAAGAAGUAAAAAUGAACAAUGGGAAAAUGAAGAUAAUAGCUCUAGCCCUGCAGGAAGCUUAAAGGUGGAGCCCAAGACUAAAGGAUUAAAACAGCAGCAACAGCAGCAUAAGAAACUUCUGGCAGCAAUGCUCUCUCAAGAUUCUUUUGAGUCUGUCCAUAGCCCCACCCCAUCGGUAACAGAAGAAGAUAUUGAUAAUGAAGAUGAUGCAAUGGAAUUGCUGGAGGAUCUUGAUGAUUUAAGAAUGGAGGGAGUAACUACCCUGGUACCUUCUGGGAACAAAUUUAACCAAGGUCGAGCUACUCACUCUGCUGAACCUCAGGCCAAAGUCACACUGAACAUCUGUUCAAGGUGUGCCAGGCUUCAAGGAGACAACCUGGUGGAAAGGACAGAAGAGACCUCGCAAACACUUCAUUCUCCAGAUGAAAUAAUCCCAGAUUUUUUGGAUUCUCUAGCUGGAACAGAAGAAGCACUGAUGGAAGAGGGUGAAGAAUUUGAGAAAGCAUCUAGAUUAACAGGACCUGAUGACUCUUUAAAGCAGUUGCAGGUGGUUCAUCAACCGUGGAUCCUGCCAAGUGACACAGAAAGUGAAGGAGUGGAAGCAGAACAAGAGAAACGUUCUGCUGAUCUUCUUCUUUGUGUUCCAUGCUCUUCUUGUCCUGCACUCGUCUACUCUGGUCUGUGAAGCAGGCAGGAGAAGUUGCAAGUGGUCCUUAAAGAAAUGGCAUUAUUCAAAUCCUUACGUAUAGUUCUAAUUUUAUUUACUACGUGUAAUCAUUUAGAGAAUGGUUAUUUUUAUAAUAUCAAUAAUAAACAAGUACUCUUGUAACCAGGGGUGCCUAAGUGUGUAAUCAGAGAACACUAACUCUGGCAAAGCAUUCUGGGGAGGUCAGGCUGCCUACUGCCUUUCGACAUGGUUAGUGUCCUGGGUUUAGAUUACUUUAUACCUAGUUAUUAAGAUUACUAUUUGAUACUUUAAAAAUUGCCUGAUUCAAAUAACUUUGCUUAAAUUUUUUCUGUAUUUUAACUUGUCUAGGGUUUUCUACUUCUUAUAUUUUUAUAAUAUUUUCUCGUUUUUUAGAUUAGUAAACAUUGUACUUACCCACACGUGCCAAGACAAGCCAUUUAGGUCUCUCCAGGAGUUAGCUGUUGGUGUCGUCACCUGCCAUAUGUGUUUCUGUGCAGCAGCAAGAGGCGUGUUCUCCACCACUGCUGCUUCUUCCUCUGACUAUCUUCCCUGUUCUUAUCAAAAUAAAUAAUUGAUAUGUUAAUUCAAUAAAGCAGAUCCUUAAGGAAUGAAAUGCAUGGCCCAAAGCAUAUGCAAUGAAAACUGUUUGACCAUUUAUCCGAUUAUUGAACCCAAUUAAGGUUAUCCAUUUUAAAUUUGAUAUAUGCUCGCUUUUGGAAUGUGUUAUGCAUUGAUGCUAAAUGAAUGGAACUAAGUAAAUUUGUUGAGUAUCU